AUGGCACCGGCGUUUCUGAAGCGUCUGGUUGUAGAAGCCCAGAAAACUGGUUUGUGUCUUCCGGCGUUGCCAGGCUGGCAGAAACGCCACCGAAGAUGUCUAGCAUCAAGGCAGAGGAACAACAGAUCAAAAUCAGAAUCAUCAGGUGUCUCCAGAGAAGAUGCACGCGAGGAAACAACAGACGAUUCCUCAAGGAUAUUUGAUGAAGAGCAAGGCCGAGAGGAGCUGGCCGCUCUUGCUACGGAGGCAGAUGCGAGCGUGUUUGUUAUGUCAUACGCCAGCAGGCAAGUGGUAUGGUCACUCGAAUGCCAGCUUCCUCCCCAGUUUCUCUUCGAGUGCAAUACGUGGCGACCCAUUUGUCCAAGGCCGCCCCGUGUUUGGCUGCGCAGGGGAAACGCCAUUGGGCUGGGAACAAAGUCAGUCUUCCUUGAGGUGGGCCCCGCGGGCUCAAACGAUUGCCCUUUUGCCGCCAAAGUCUUUUUGAUAAGCAGCAACGUGAUCGACAUUGACCGGGCGUUCGCCGAUCCAGACUACGUAGAUCACGCACGCGCACUUGUAGACAAGGAGGUGCAUCGGAGGAUGAGGCAAGAAUUCAGCAUUAGGAGACUAACUACUCAGGACGACCCUCUCACGCUCCUGUCCGACCAGGGGCUGCUGGUCCCUCUCUGCUGGGGAAUCGUCACUGACCUACGAGAAGAUAUGAUUCGCGUUAGCCCGGAGAUGGUUGCGACCAAGUUUCUUGUUAUCUACCCACGUAUGGCUUGCGCUUUAGGUGAACUUCCUUUUGAUUUUCUUGGCAUGUCGGCAAAGCUGUUACUGACAAAACAGUGCGUGAACGUGAUCACAAAGUUUCAUGCAAAUGGAUGCGUCCACCGAGAUCUUUCCCUCGAUAGUUUUAUGCUGGACUUUGAGGGCCACGUUUACCUUCGCAGCAUUCGCCGAGCAGCUAGAUACACGGGAAAGCCGGAGGGACUGGUGGUGCCGGAGGACCCCCUUUACCUCGACCCGGACACCGCCAUCUCUUUGAUACGCCAACCGCAAGGGAGGCUUGUUUCCAUGUGGAGCCGGGAUUCGUGGGCGCUGGGAGUCAUAUUGUUUGUUGUGUGGUUCAACCGGCUCCCAUACAGUUUGCCAGAGUUCGCACAUGGGGACCCGGAAAGGAAAGUACGAUCUCUUGCCCUUUUACCAUUCAUUGAACGGCCUUUGGACGACGCGUUGGUGGUCUGCCGUUCCGCAAUACCUAAGGAAGUGAAGGAGCUUUUGGCAGGCUUGCUCCGUUUGCGUGGGCCGCAACGGCAAAGUCCGGAGGAUAUCUCGAGAACCAGCCCGCUUUUCCGCUACGUCCGAACAGGCUCUGACUCAGACCAUGGUCUCCCGCGAACCACUCCCGCGCGCUCAUCAUUCCCAGCGCUCGACCUGUUCCUUUUCCAAAGAGGCAGAGCAAAUGCUGUACCUCCCGGAUGCUGGUAA